CGGAGCACGGUGGACUGAACCAAUUGCAUCAUGUUCCUCCGAUAGCGCACCAUAUGCACCAUACGGGAUGGUUCUUUGCACCGCAAGUUGAUACUAUUUUAAUAUGUCUAACGCAGAACGAGUUUCCCUCCACCUCUCCGCGAAUCUCUCUGGUAGAAAUUCCCAUUCUAUUUCCGUUCACGUUAAAAGUCUCUCAGGUAGAGCAAUAUUUUUCAUAAUUCCUGUACACAUACGAGAACAAUUGGAGAGCUAUGGUCUCAUUGGUUUGGACCACUAUCACAUUCAUCGGUUUAUUCAUUCUCUUUUCCAACGACUCGACCGUCUCGGCUCUCCCCACAGGUCCAAUUGCGAUCUUGCCUUCUCAAAAAGUCUCGAACGAAACGUCUCAGAGUAUUGCCGUAGAACUUGAACGUCGGUUCAUCUCGUCUCGAAAGGUAGAAGCGCCUUCGUGUCGGAACCUUACGAAGGAUGACUUUGAGAAACUCCCCGGCGCUAGCAAACUUAAGGCAACGGCGACGAACAGGUGGGGCAAACAUUUCAGUGUCAAAUUAAACGAUCCAAAGGAGCCACAAUACCCUGCUGAAGUUUGCGUCAAGCCGACCACGGUCAAAUUCACUGGGAAACCCGAAUGCCAUGUAACAAAUGCCACUACAGGAGGUGAGCUCACUGGGACGACUGGCACUAGCGCUCUUGGGAUAGCUCAAGGUACUACGACAUCAGGGCAAUUUACUAUCAGCUCGGCCGCCUCCAUUAGCUUGUCCUCCUCGUUUAUGACCUCUGUCAGCUUUCCAGCAAUUACCGAUAUCAUGGAUGCGACGACCGUAAAUGUGGGUAUUACUAACACCCAAACCACAAGUUUUACAACAACAUACACCAGCACGACUACAAUGACUCUUACAAUGUCCUCCCCUGAGGGCGAGUCAUGUAAUGCUAGCCAAACGAUGAAAUUGUGUACAAUUCAGGCAAUCGGCGAGGUAGUGCUCUAUGCCCGAGGAUUCGUCGGUUUUGAUUAUGGCUCAGCUGUGACAGAUAAGACCGAGCAUACGGCAAAGGGCGAGAAGAGCGAGGAGCAUUACAAAUGGUUUCUUCCGUUUAAUUCUUUGUCGGAGGCGGAUAUAUCAAGCACUGCGACCUUCCAAGGCUCAACGACUUCGAAUAUCCAUGGAAAGUACCAGGGAAAUUGUGCAUGAUUGUGUUUUGUGUUGUUCCAUGACUUGAUGACUAUGACGGACAAUAUGAACACUGAAUGCCAGAGACCUAUAUUCUUAUCCUUCUCUCGUGUAUUUGUAUCGAUGUAUCUACUACUAGUGGUCUACGUGACAAUAUUAUCAGUUUCUCCAACGCCACUAGCCGCUCGUACAUGACUCAAAUAAUUAUUCAUUGCAAAC